GCCGGACGGCGUGCCCUGCUCAAAGAUGGCCGCCGGCGGCUUCGGCGUGCGCGGAGGUGGGAGGUGAGGGCGGCCGGGCCGGGCCGGGCUGCGGGAAGAUGGCAGAGAGCGAGCGGCGGACAGGUGCCUCUGAGGAGGUGGCUCCUCCUGUCCAGCAAUGCUUCAUGGUCCCCAAAAAGGAGAUAAAUGUGGUUUCCGACAUGGCCAAGUGGAAGAGAUCUCAGGCAUAUGCAGACUACAUGGGCUUCAUCCUCACUCUGAACGAAGGUGUCAGGGGCAAGAAGCUGACCUGUGAAUACAAAGUGUCAGAGCCCAUUGAAAAGCUGGUGGCUCUGCUGAACACCCUUGACAGAUGGAUCGAUGAAACCCCGCCAGUGGAUCAACCUUCUCGCUUUGGGAACAAAGCCUUCAGGACCUGGUACGCCAAACUAGACCAGGAGGCAGAAAAGUUGGUGUCAGCAGUGAUUCCCAAGCAUUUGGCUGAUGCUGCCCCAGAAGUGGCUGUGUACCUGAAGGAAUCCGUGGGGAACUCCACCCGCAUUGACUAUGGCACAGGGCAUGAAGCUGCAUUUGCAGCCUUUCUCUGCUGCCUCUGCAAAAUUGGUGUGCUCAGAGUGGAUGACCAGAUGGCCAUUGUCUUCAAAGUGUUUAACAGGUACCUGGAAGUGAUGCGAAAAUUGCAGAAAACCUACAGGAUGGAACCUGCUGGCAGCCAGGGCGUGUGGGGCUUGGAUGACUUCCAGUUCCUGCCUUUCAUAUGGGGCAGUUCCCAGCUGAUAGACCAUCCAAGUCUGGAGCCUCGGCACUUUGUUGAUGAGAAGGUGGUAAAUGAAAACCAUAAGGACUUCAUGUUCCUGGAGUGCAUCCUCUUCAUUACAGAGAUGAAGACAGGCCCCUUUGCUGAGCACUCCAACCAGCUCUGGAACAUCAGCGCCGUGCCCUCCUGGUCCAAGGUCAACCAGGGCCUCAUCCGCAUGUACAAGGCAGAGUGCCUGGAGAAGUUUCCUGUGAUCCAGCACUUUAAGUUUGGCAGCCUGCUCCCCAUCCAGCCUGUGACAUCUUAAAGGAGCCCGCAGGAAGAGCCGAGGCAGCGGAGGCACAGCACGGCGCUCUUCCUCCUCCCCUCACCCCUCCUCACCACCCAGCCCAUCCUUUCCUGCACAUCCUCAUCGGCAACCACAGAUCCAAAGCACUCGCCGGCCUGGCAGGGGAGAUGGGACCUGGAGCAGCUCCUCCUGCAUGUCCUCACCCUGGGGACGUCUCGCCAGCGGCCGAGCUGGGGCCGUGCUGCUCUGCUGUGCCGCAUCCCUGCCGGGAAUGGGGAUGGGUUUGAGCAGGGGCUCCCCUGCAGAAAAGGCCCUCUGCUUUGCUUCCCAAGAGAAAGGGGUGUGGAGGGGAGGAAGGCACAUGUGUAUGUGUUGGGCAGUGGUAACUGCAAUUUCCCUUUUGAAUUUCA